GGUUAAACCAAUUGAUAGUUAAUAGGGUAUGUGGUAGAAUUGAUAGCGGUAUUGAAUUUACAAGAUUUGGAUGUGUCAUGCAUCGGCGAUUCUGGAUCAUUUAGAAAAUAAGCAUUGUUACGUCAUUAGUCUCAAAUAUGGAGCAAUCAAGUCCAUCACCAAGUAACAUUGUGGCCACUGCCAUGUCCACUGCUAAUUUAACACCACCAACAGCAGAUUCACCUCAGCCAUCUUUAUCUUCUAUGAAAGUAGAACCAUCCUCACCACACAUUACAAUCACAUCUCCAGCCAGCCAACCACGGUCUGGGACACCAGUCACAGCCAAGGUAGAAAGCAUGGAAGUCUCGGAUCACCAUGUUACGUCACAUAUUCUACAUAAACAACACUCUCUUGAUUCGGAUAGUCAACGUUCAAGCCCACAGCCAAUGAAUGUGCCUCGUUUCAGAGAAGAUAGUCAUGAAAAACCCGUAGUUGUUAUCAACGAUCAGAGAGGUGAUGCAAAAGACACACGCAUAGUCAUGCCGCCCAACACCUUCCAACCAACAACCAACGGUGAAACAAGACUCCCACCACCGAUCGUGCUUUAUAAUAAUGAAAGAGGCGAGCCAAUGUGUGGGGGAAUCCCAAUGAACAUUUUGCUUGCUAAGGAUUAUAAAAACGAACAAGAAUUUGAAAAGCCAAAGGAGGACUCCACCUACCCCAUCACGUGUGGUAAUAAUAAAGGCGACCUGGUUUGGAAGAAGUUUGUAUGUCCUGGUAUCAAUGCUAAAUGUGUAAAGUGCGGAGACAACUGGUUCACACCUAAAGAAUUCGUCAACUACGCUGGUAAAUCAACCCUUAAAGAUUGGAAGAGAGCAAUCCGAAUCAACGGUAUAAUGUUGAGGAAGAUGAUUGAAAACGGGGAGCUCAAUUAUUACGAUCAUGAUAAUAAUUGCUCGAACCAAUGCCGGAGCAACAAAAGUUCAUCUUUUGAUAAUUCGGAGAAAUAUCCGUCGUCGUUUGAAUCGGAUGCUCCUCGGGAGAAUUCCUUGGAUUUUACUCAUGUUCGGUCCAGUUCCGAGGAACAAGCGUUGCUUCAAGCUAAAAGAAACGUUCUUUCAAGCAUAAGCAAGUCGCAAGAAAGUGGUUCAAGUUUGCAAGCUGGUGGAUCACUCGAACGUUCUAGUUCGGAGGAUUCAGGUUUAGCUGGCUCACCACAUGUAGAUAGCAUGAUUAUGAGGGAAGCGGUUGUUUCUGUGGAGAAAGUACAUGAUCUUCAUAGUUUUUGGAACGGUAUAAUACGUAUGGAUCUUUUUGAUGACAUCAUCCGUGACGUCAUCACACAGAUCCGCAACCUCCAAAGCAGAACGAAGCAUGUUGGUUCCAUAAGCCUGGAAGACGCAGCUACAAUGUCCAACCUCGUCAACUCUCUUGAAAUGAUUCCAUCCAUCGUGAGGAACAUGUCUCACCACAAGGAGGCGGUAGAGAAACAGGCUGAGGAGUCGACGCACGCAAUACAUGAACUCGAGAAGAAGUUAGCUGAGCAACGAAAGUAUGAGCAAGACUUGAAACGAAAGUCUCAACAUCUUGAUACAGUCAUGUCACUCACACCGAACGAGAAACGAAAAAGGACAAUGUUGCGAUUUGUUCGACAGAAAGCAGUGGAUCGGGUGCCACCUGGUACGCGCACUUCAACUCCGCCCAUGUCACAACGUAUGCCCGAAAACGUGAUGCUCUCUGCACAAGGCGGUCGUCUCACCCAGAGAGAAUUGUGGCCUCAAGCCAUACAGGUGGCUGCCUCGUCCCAGAUGGCUCGCAUGAACGUAUCAGGUGCGGGUAUUCCCCCGAUGUUCUUCACUACCCACCCCACGGGCAUAGAGGGUUACCCCUCGUCCCUCCACCAGUUCAUACCCACCUCCCAACCCGUGCCCCUACAGCAUCCAACUGCCAACCGUGACGCUACACAGUCGCCUUCGAAAAAGUGAUUUUCUCCCUGCCCGAACGCGCAUGCGCACAACUAUGGGACUUUUUAACUCAUCGCAGAGGUUGCAGCUUUUAACCGGGUUUUACACUGCAGUGUACUUGUCUUUGUGUUGCGAAAGAACAAACAAAAAUCAUUUAAAUCAGAAAAAAAUCCUAAAAUAUAUAUUUAGUUUGUGCUUUCACAUAACACACAGGCGAACUACUCUGCAGUGUAAACCCCGCAUUAGUUUCAUUUCUUUAGUUGUUUUUACUUUUACUGGCUGCCCGCUCUCAUUGCGUUGCGUCGCGUCAAUCGAAUUAUUUGUUCCAGAAUUCUUGUAAAUCUUCUCUUAAAUUAUCUCUUUAUUAUAGAAUCGUAUUUUAUUGUCCUCUUUUGUGACGUCACACUUGUGUAUUUGCACCCAGUUUCAUGUAAAGUUCACCUUUCUUGCAGUGCGUUGUGACGACAUACCGUCCCAAGCCGAACGCGGGAUGACGUCACGAUGCCGUGACGUCACCAACCGCGGUCAUCCAUUUUUUUAAGUUCGAUAACUACAGCAAGGUGUGCGUUCGUCAUUUUUAAUCCCUGUAAGCACGGGACAAUAUUUUGUUUCCAUCUCCUAAUGAUUAUAAGCACUUUCAAUUUUAAUGUAGUGUCCUCUUUUAAAUAGCCUGCAUUUUACACCGUCGAAUUUCAAAACACUAACACAUUAACUCAAAAUUAAAAUUGAACUUUGUACACGAGCACAAAA